AUGUACGGUGACAUAUUGGUUAUUCUUUCCGAUGAGCCAAUUAAUCCCGCUAAGAGUCAACCGUAUAUUCGAUGCCUCAUUUGUUAUAUUGCUGAGAGACCAUCACUGAUAACAACCAAUUACUAUGAAUCAUAUUCAUAUUUAAAUACUGGUGAACCAUAUCUGCAUGGUGUCAUUAAAAUGAAUGGUCAACAUUCACGUAGUUCAUGUUCAUUUCAUCGUGGAUGCAGCAUUGAAAAUUAUUUAUCAUAUUGUCUGAAAAUCGAAAAGACAGCAGGUCAAGCAGCGUUGUCACAUGCGGGACCGAAUAACAUUUAUCGUCAUGAAACAAUAACGUGCCAAUUUUCGAAAACGACUCUUGAUUUAAGCAAAUUAAAAUACGUUCAUGUAAGUGGUGGUUCACAAAAAGUUACUAUUCGAAACUUAAUUAUUAGUUGCGAUCAAAUCUUUGAUUUAUAUCCAUCAUUUGAUAGGGAUCUUGAACGUGGAGGGAAGGCUUUUCCUCGCAAGAAAAGAUCUCAUAGCCGUGAUCGAUCACCGUCUAUCAAAAUUCCACAAUUGCCUCGUGAUAAAUCUCCAUCUAUGAUAAAUAAAGCUGUGCGCUCUAUUAGAACCUUUUUUGGUUACGAUUCCGAUGGUAAAAAUAUUGAAGCUUCUCCCUGUUCGAUCAAUUGUCUAUUACAAAACUCAACGAAACAUAUCAAGGAAUAUUGUCACCCUUGUCCAUAUUCCGAACUUUGUAGCAAUAAAGAGAAAGAAUCUUACCUACCUCAUGAAGCUCGCAAAGUAGAGCGAUGCUCAUCAAAGAAUCGAUGUCAAAAGCUUGAAGAUCCUGUCCAUCAAGCGAAAUAUCGACAUUCAAGCUAUCCUGACUUUCUUAUUCCAUGUCCUAAUGGACAGAGUCGUCAUAAUAAAACAUUGGACCAUCGAACAAAAUAUUUACAUGGUCAACAAGUAGAACUGACAUGCGAUGAUAUGAAUGAGACAUCCAAUAAAUCAUCAUCAAAAUCACGCUCUGGACAUCAAGAAAAAGAGCAUGAUCGUGAACGAAGAAGUGAUCAAAGAACUAUGUGUCGACAUGGUUCAGAGUGUCACGAUCAAAAUAACGCCCAACAUUGUUCAAAAUAUUCACAUACUCAUGACCAUGGACCUAAGCAUUUGGCUUGUUCAAGUCAUGAACGCAUAGCUUGUCGUCACGAUGAAAGUGAAUCUUCAUCUUCGCCUAGUCGGAAACAUGAACGAAUAGUUUGUCGCCAUGGACGCGAUUACCGUGACAAAAACGAUUCUCAUCAUUGUGCGAAGUAUUCACAUCAAGGCGAUGAACGAGAUCGUGGUCAUAGAAAUUAUGAUCAUAACCGAAUACCUUGCAAGUUUGGAGAAAAAUGUCAUGAUACAGAUCCUCAUCAUCGUUCUAAAUAUUCCCAUCCAAAUAAAAAAUAA